AUGGGGAACUUCCGCAAGCUCGGCCGUCACGCCGCCCACCGCGUCUCCAUGCUCAGGACGAUGGUGUCGCAGCUGGUGAAGCACGAGCGGAUCGAGACCACCGUCGCCAAGGCGAAGGAGGUGCGGCGGAAGGCGGAUCAGAUGGUGCAGCUCGGCAAAUAUAUGCAGCAAGACGUGCCUCGGCAUUUGUUCGGGGUGAUGAUGUUGUUCACAAGUUAUUCACAGAGCUUGCGUACCGCUACAAGGAUCGAGCUGGUGGGUAUACAAGACUAUUGUGAACCAGGAUACGAAUUGGCGAUGCUGCACCAAUGGCUUACAUCGAGUUUGUCGACCGGGAGAAUGAACUUCGAGAGGCCAAACCUGCGACUCCACCGCCUCCCCAGCGUGCCCCUCUUGAUGCAUGGACCAAGUCCUGUGCCAGCCAACAGUGGGCAGGGCCUAAAGUUAGCCAGAACUCUAAAACAGAAGGGCUAUGAGAACCAAAAGCAUCGUUUAUCUUUAUUUUAUGUUUGUGAGGUUUUUUUUAUCUUUAGACAUGCUAAUUAG